AUGACCUGCACUCCAGACAAUAAAUCUAAGGGAAGUGGAGCAUCUGGGGCAGCUUUGUCUUAUCAUGAAGGACUUUCGGAGCAGGCACAGAUGUUUCUAACCGGCCCCGUGUCCACCAUCCUUUUACCUUCCUUCUACACACUGGUCUGCUCCAUCAGCGUGCCGAUUAACAUUUAUGCUCUGUUGGCCUUUGCUCGGAGGAUCCGUCCUAAGAAGCCAGCAGCAAUCUAUAUGGUGAACCUGGCCUUUGUUGAUCUGCUCUUUGCACUGAUGCUCCCCUUCAAGAUCUCCUACCACUUUGAAGGCAACAACUGGAAAUUUGGCUGGUUCAUGUGCCGUGUGGUCACUGCUGCCUUUUACUGGAACAUGUAUUGUUCUGUUCUUCUCAUAGCUUGCAUCAGUGUGGACCGGCUGCUUGCUGUAGUUUAUCCCAUUGACUCUCUGUCUUGGAGGAGUCCAAGGAACACAAUCAUAGCCUGUGUAACCAUGUGGGUAUUAUCCUUUGCUGGCUCAGUGCCCCUCACCACCUUUGACCAGACUUUUCCCCUCACUGAGUUGAACAUCACCACCUGCCAUGAUGUCUAUGCCUUAGAAAAGAUCACCUUUCUAAAGGUCUACUUUCUCACUCUCUGCUGCAUCCUCUUCUUCCUGCCUCUGCUCAUCACAGUGGUGUCCUACACUCGGGUAAUCUGGACACUGAGCAGAGUCCAACAAGAUAGUCCAGGAACAUCACGCAGGAGAACAAGAGCAGUGUUGAUGUCUUUGAUUGUGCUGGUGAUAUUUGUGCUGUGCUUCAUGCCCACAAACUGUCUACUGUUUGCACACUACCUGCAAUUAAAUGAAGGAUUCAAGAAGAACUGGAAUGCAUCCGAAAGCUCCUACGCCCUCUAUGUGGUGUUCCUGUGUUUGGGAAGUCUGAACUGCCUCCUGGACCCCCUGCUCUACUACUUUGGAUCCUCUCAGUGCCGGAAACAACUAUCCAACGUGCUGAGGUGUAAGGAGGCUACCGAGCGCAGCGACAAAAACAUCACUCAUUCAUCUGAUUCACGGAGAUUCAGCUUAAAACCAAUCCUAAAAUCCAAAAAAGUGACAAACUACUGAAAGCUCUGAAAUGAACUCCCCAGUUACCAAAGUGGUCUCUUUCUAAUUUCAAUCUAAAAACAAGAAACUACUGGU